UUUUCAUUAUCGCAGAGGCAGUAAGUGGCCGAACAUGUAUUGGAUUAUGAGAUGGUGCAGUUUGGUUCUGCUCUCGACUCUCAUCAUCCCGUGGGCAACGGAGGGGAAAGUUGUAAACUCUUUUCACGAAUGCAGCCAGUUUUUCUGUAACGGCGAGGAACCCUUCCUAUUUAAGAUCAUUAAGCCCAAAAGAAUCUGCCAGUAUUAUCGUUCCCAGUUCCACUUCGCCACAGCGUACAGCACAGACCUGCGCAUUCCGCUAUAUUCGGCUUAUAGGGCUAAAACAAUAAGCUGUGAGAAGGACAGAAGGCCGAAUUUUUUUUUCAUUGAACCGCAGUUGGAUCGACCUGAUAGUUCAGAUGAGAUGAGCAUGGAGCAAGGAGUUGAGAACAACCAAGCCCUCAACAGUGAUUACAGAAAUAAGUCAUAUGAACGGGGUCACUUGUUUCCAUUCUCAUUUAACCCUGGCAGUGGUAAGGCCUCAUGCACCCUCACCAAUGUCGUGCCUAUGACACGGCAGUGGAACACCAAAUGGUUUCAUUUUGCUGAGAAAAUAAUAAAAAAUAUGAUGUGUCCACCACUUACAACACUGUUUGUGAUCACUGGAGCCAUCCCAUCAGACAAAUUCCUUAACGAGCGGGUUAACAUACCCAGAGGAGUUUACAGCUAUUUCAGCUGCUGCUCAAAUGAUUCUGAUCACAGAAAUAAGCCUAAAAAGAAAUCACUCAAAUCUGGUGGUUACAUUCUACAAGAGACAGGAAUGACCCUGAUUACUCUGAAUGAAUUGGAAAAACUGUUUGAUGAAUCCAUUGAAGUCAACCCGAAAUGGUCUGAAGCUGGAAGAGCUUGAAGA